CUUCACCAGAGUGAUUCGGUUCAAAUUUUGAAAGAGAACACGAAGAUGUGACAAAAUAAGUUUUUGAAUGUUUAUUUCAUCAAUCAUCUGCUUAGUAUAUACAUUAGAAGAUUAACGAACAUAUCCGCUAGUUACCAGGGAAUAAACCAGCGCUUUCCUGAAAAUCUGAGGUACUGAAAAGAGGCAUUUUAUGAACGAAAAAAAUUGAAAAUAACCAAAAUGGAGGCAGUCUCAAAACACGAUUUCAAUGCGACUGCUGAAGACGAAUUAAGCUUCAAGAAGGGAACAACAUUAAAGAUCCUGAAUAUGGAAGAUGACAAAAAUUGGUUCAAGGCAGAAAAAGAUGGCAAAGAAGGCUUCAUUCCAAGCAACUACAUACAAAUGAAGCCACAUCCGUGGUACUUGGGAAAGAUCAGUCGUAAUGAGGCAGAGAGGCUUCUCUUGGAACACAAUGCAAGCCAAGCAUUAACCCAACCAGAUGGGGCGUUCCUGGUCAGGCCAAGUGAGAGUACUCCUGGGGACUUUUCCCUCUCUGUUAAAUUUGGUGAUACUGUCCAACAUUUUAAAGUCCUAAGAGACAACGGCGGCAAAUACUUCCUCUGGGUGGUGAAGUUUAACUCAUUGAAUGGUCUAGUGGAAUAUCAUCGAACCUCCUCAGUCAGCCGUAAUCAACAGAUUUUCCUAAAAGAUAUGGUAAUAGAAAAGCCAAUGGUUGUCGCACAGUUUGACUUCAAUGCUGACGAAGCUGAUGAACUGACAUUUAAACGCGGAGAUUUAAUAACGGUCUUAGAUCAAAAUGAUAACAAUUGGUGGAUGGGUGAAAUAAAAGACAUGUAUGGACAAACACAAAAAGGACUGUUCCCAAAAACAUAUGUACAACCCCACGUGUCAUCAGUUGCUAAUGAUAGUGGUGCACGGUGAAAUUAACAAUGACUUCUGAAUACAGAUACUGAAUCAAUCAGAAAAAGCCUUUUCCAGGAGGAAUGGAGCCAUAAACAAUUUGGAUUUGUUCAGAUUUGUAUUGUUUACCUGGAUUAUUGUAGAGUACUGUGUGAGAUACUUAAUUGAAGAUGUAUAGAGACAACAUUUGGUAUGAUAUCCACAUUGGACAGAGAGAUGACAUUGGUAGUAGCUGAGCAUCGUACUCUUCGCCUCACUUGCAGUCCCAUACUUUCUUUGCUCAAAAGAGCCAACAGUCAUUCAUUCAUUUGUAAUUAAUACCUUAAUUUCAUCGUAUAGUGACACCCCAGUUCUUCUCUGGGCCUAUAUGACACCCAGUUCUGACAUGGGUUUAUAUGACACCCAGU